CUUCCCUGAUGGUGCCGCCGCCUCCGAGCCGGGGAGGAGCGGCGAGGGGGCAGCUGGGCAAGAGCCUGGGUCCGCUUCUGCUGCUCCUGGCGCUGGGACACACGUGGAGCUACCGAGAGGAGCCCGAGGACGGCGACAGAGAAAUUUGCUCGGAAAACAAAAUCGUCACGACCACAUACCCGUGUCUGAAGCCUUCAGGCGAGCUCACGACGUGCUUCAGGCGGAAGUGCUGCAAAGGGUAUAAAUUUGUCCUUGGACAAUGCAUCCCAGAAGAUUAUGAUGUAUGUGCUGAGGCUCCCUGUGAACAGCAGUGCACAGAUAACUUCGGCCGAGUGCUGUGUACUUGUUACCCAGGAUACCGAUAUGACCGGGAGAGGCACCGGAGGCGGGAGAAGCCGUACUGUCUGGAUAUCGACGAGUGCACCACCAGCAGCGAGACGCUGUGCGCGCACAUCUGCGUCAACACCUUGGGCAGCUACCGCUGUGAGUGCCGGGAGGGCUACGUCCAGGAGGAUGAUGGGAGGACGUGCACCAAGGGAGACAAAUACCCCAACGACACUGGGCACGAUGAGAAGGUGGAGAACGCGGUGAGAGCCGGCACCUGCUGUGCCACGUGCAAGGAGUUUCACCAGAUGAAGCAGACGGUGCUGCAGCUGAAGCAGAAGAUUGCCCUGCUACCCAACAGCGCUGCGGACCUGGGCAAGUACAUCACUGGUGACAAGGUGCUGGCCUCAAAUGCCUACAUUCCAGGACCUCCUGGCCUGCCUGGGGGCCAGGGUCCCCCCGGCUCACCAGGACCAAAGGGGAGCCCAGGCUUCCCGGGUAUUCCAGGCCCCCCCGGGCAGCCCGGCCCGCGGGGCUCCAUGGGACCCAUGGGACCGUCUCCUGAUCUGUCCCACAUUAAGCAAGGCCGGAGGGGCCCCGUGGGCCCACCAGGUGCCCCAGGAAGAGAUGGUUCUAAGGGGGAAAGAGGAGCACCUGGCCCCAGAGGGUCUCCAGGACCCCCUGGUUCCUUCGACUUCCUGUUGCUCAUGCUGGCGGACAUCCGCAACGACAUCACCGAGCUGCAGGAAAAGGUGUUCGGGCACCGGACUGACUCUUCAGCAGAGGAGUUCCCGUUACCUCAGGAACUUUCCAGCUCUCCAGAGACCAUGGACUUCGGCUCUGGAGAUGACAGCCCCAAAAGAACUGAGACAAGAGACUUGGGAACCCACAGAGACUUCUAUCCUUAGCACACGCCGACAUCUUCACGCCAAAGGAAGAGCAGUGUUCGCCUGCAGUGAAAUCAUCCAGAGAACAGAACAGAACACCACUGGAGACCUAGAAAAGAUACGUUCUUUUUUUUAAACUUUUUUCCUUUCUUCUCCGUACUUCUCUUAUCCCAAACACUAUUUUCAGGCUAGACAUACUAAAGACAAGAGGGAGGAAAUGAUUGAUUUACUUGCUUUCCCUGGAGAAUCUGCAUGGAACUUCCCUUUGACUUCCUUAUUUCCCAGGGACUUCUGAUUUCUGAAUCAGGUACUCUCACAGUGUCUUAAAAUUUGGCAGACUAUCAAAAAGUGGGGAAUGGCAAGGUGAGUUCUAAGAAAAUGUGAGUUUACUUAUUAAAAAUAAUAGAUACGUGUCCAAAAUAGACUAUUACACCUCAGUGUCAAAGUUAAAUCAAAUUAAAUGAAUUAAAUCAAAUUAAGUCAAAUUAAAUCAAAAUUUUCAGUGAAAAGGGAGAGAUGACAAUGUAUAUUUAUCUUGGUGGAUAAUUCUUUUUCCUUGUCAAUCUAACGGAUUUAAAAUAUUCUGUCCUCUUAUCCAACCUUGUUUCCUAACUUUGAUUAAGGAAAGGAGAGAAGGAGUGGAGAUUAGAAAAGAUGGAGAAAAAUUACAGUCCCAUAUUGACUGUCCUAUAAGCUGCCACAUACUGACACUCAAGAUGUGACAGUUAAGGGUUCCUACCACGCUUAUCUAUAACUAUCCUAUUUGAAGAAGAAAAUUACUGUCGCUGUAGGAAUAAAUUCCAUUGUCAAGACAAAAAGUAAGUGAAUGCAGUGCCCUGGUUCACAUUAGAACAGCGGGCUCCCGGGUGGCCAGGACGUUUUAAA